CCCCCCCCGCCGCUCCCAGGCUGCUCCGCGGCGGCGCGGCUGGGCCAUGGCGCCGCUGACCGAUCUCUACCACCUCACCAUGGCCUACGGGCACUGGCGGGCCGGGCGGCACCGCGCCCCCGCCGCCGCCGAGCUCUUCUUCCGCCGCGGGCCCUUCGGCGGCGCCUUCGCGCUGGGCGCCGGCCUGGCCGAGGCGCUGCGCUGCCUCCGCGCCUUCCGCUUCUCCGCCGCCGACGUCGCCUACCUGCGCUCUGUCCUGCCCAGCACCACGGAGGACGCCUUCUUCAAUUACCUGGCCACCCUGGAUGCCUCAGAGGUGACCAUCUCCGCUGUGCCGGAGGGCUCUGUCAUCUUCGCCAAGGUCCCCUUCCUGCAGGUGAAAGGGCCACUGCUGGUGGUGCAGCUGCUGGAAACCACGUUGCUGUGCCUGGUCAGCUAUGCCAGCCUCGUAGCUACGAACGCUGCUCGCUUCCGACUCCUUGCCGGCCCGGAUGUGAAGCUGAUGGAGAUGGGGCUCCGUCGUGCUCAGGGGCCAGAUGGUGCCCUUUCAGCUUCCAAGUACUCCUACAUUGGGGGCUUUGACUACACCAGUAACAUCCUGGCGGGGAAGCUCUAUGGCGUCCCGGUGCGCGGCACCAUCGCCCACUCCUUCAUCAUGUCUUUCACCUCGCUGGAGGAGGUGCAGCCCCGGGAGCUGCCACCGCUGGCAGGAGGAGAGCCAGUGGAUCUCCCGACCCUGGCCGAGUCAUGGCUGGGGCGGGUGUGCGAGCUGCUGCAGACUCCCCCUGAGAAGGCAAACCGGGGCGAGCUGGCUGCCUUCGUGUCCUACGCCAUCGCCUUCCCGCGGGACUUCCAGGGGCUGCUGGACACGUACUGCGUCAAGAGGAGCGGUUUGCCAAACUUCUGUGCCGUGGCACUGGCGCUGCACCAGCUGGGGUAUCAGGCUGUUGGGUUGCGCCUCGACAGCGGAGACCUGGCCCGGCAGUCCAAGGAGAUCCGCCAAGUGCUCCGAGCUUGCGCUGCUCACUUCCAGGUGCCCUGGUUUGAGACCAUCCCCAUCGCUGUCAGCAAUGACAUCAGCGAGCAGAGCUUGGAGGAGUUCAGGCGGGAGGGGAGUGAGAUCAACGUGAUCGGCGUCGGGAUGAACCUGGUGACGUGUCCCCUGCAGCCGUCGCUGGGCUGUGUUUACAAGCUGGUGGAGGUCAAUGGCUCCCCAUGCCUCAAACUCACAGAAGAAGAGGAGAAGAUGACGAUCCCAGGGACUAAGACCAUCUAUCGGCUCUACGACGCUGCUGGUCACCCCUUCAUGGACCUCAUGGCCCUGGAGGAGGAACCCUUGCCCAGCGCAGGGCAGGAGGUGGUGGUCCAUGUCCUGGGGCGGCUCAGCGAGGCCAGCAAGGUCGUGCCUGCUGCCGUGGAGCCCCUUCAUCGCACAUACUUCAGAGAUGGCCAGGUAUGUGAGCCGCUGCCCAGCCUGCCGGAGGUGAGGAGCCAUGCGCAGGCAUCCCUCAGCCUGCUCAGCCCAGCUCACAGACGGCUCCGUGAGCCAGAGCCCUACCCGGUGGCUGUGACGGAGAGGCUGCACUGCCUCCUCACCAAGCUGCGGCGGGCCAGCCAGUGACGGCUUCCCCGCCUGCCACCCCACCCUGUGCGAGCUCACGCUGAGCACGGCCCCUGCCUGGGGCCGGCCCUUCCUCCAUGCUCUUUUGAAGACAAGGUGACUAAUUAGGAAUUAAUGGUUCUAAUGAUGCUGAUGCUGCUGUGUGGUGCUGAUCUGAGGACCUUGCAGGAACUGGAAGCGCUCCCUGGGGUCCCAGUAGCAAAGCUGGGCUCAGAGGGCUAGGGCAGGCAGCUCCCCCCAUGUCCUCUGGAAGCAAUGGUCCUCCCUGCCUUCCUCGGUGGCCCUGCCAGCCCUGCAUCUUCUGCCUUCCUUGGUGGCCCUGCAAACCCUGCGCCUUCUCCCAUGGCAGCGCUGCCCACCUCAGUGGCCCUGCCAGUCCUGUGCCUUCUCCUGUGGCAGCGCUGCCUUCCUUGGUGGCCCUGCCAGCCCUGCACCUUCUCCCGCGGCAGCGCUGCCUUCCUCAGUGGCCCUGCAAACCCAGAGCCUUCUGCCAUAGCGGCGCUGCCUUCCUCAGUGGCCCUGCCAGGCCUGCGCCUUCUCCUGCAGCAGCACUGCCUUCCUCGGUGGCCCUGCCAGCCCUGCGCCUUCCGUCGUGGCAGCCCAUGCUGAAUCUCCACAGUGGCACUAGAGACCAAGUUUUGCGUUCACAAGAAGGGGUUCACCACGGGAAGGGCCAGCCCAUCCCCCAACCCGUGUCCUGUGGGAUACCUGUAGCAGAUGCACUUUGUGCUUCCUAUUGUAGACUUCAGCUCUGUGGCCACCUAUUAUCUCUUUCCAUUCUGCAUGGAUUCCCUGGGAGGGGGUGUGAAGGCCGGCUCCAUGUUGACACCAGCUCCAGGUUGACGCCUGCACUCUAUCCUGACAUUCGCAGAGGAAGCAUGGCACUAAUCCCCACAACUAACUAAGCAAAAACAUAAACCGAAAUAAAAGCCUUUUUACCCACUACAGCUACGGCCACACUGUGUGGCUGCCCUGGUCCUUUAGAACACUUGUUGCUUUCAGCAUGAACCUCUAUUGCAAGGUCUAUGACUUCAUAGUUUAUGACUGAAUAAAGUUAAAAUGAAAAAGAAAGUGCUGACCCCA